AUGAAACCGGAUUUAGGAAUUUUAUUCAUGACAAGAAGGCACAAUAAGAUGAGAAAACAGCAAAAUAUUGAAACACAUGCAAAAAGAUCAAAACUUGCUUUAAAUACUUUAGAUAGCCAAAGUAUUAGAGCGAUGAACGCGAAUGUUUCCUCUGUCUUGAGUUCAAAAGUUUUACCAGACAGAAUGAUUUCAGAUGAAGAAAUACUCCCAGAAUCCAUCAAUCCUCAAAUUUUGAUAAAUUCUUCAAAGUUAAAUUCCAAAAACUGCACUUUGUUUAGCCCUUUAGCUCAAUCUCAGUCAUCCACCGUUGGGUUUCCAAAGACCUUUAAUCCAAGAAAGGAAGCAAAUAUGGACCACAAGGAAAAAGUCGGUCAAUGGAUAAUGACCGUUCCAAUAUAUCCUAGUACUGUAAAGGAUAUUUGGUUUAACGGAUGCUACUCAUCCUUAGAUCCGCUGACUGACCAGGCGGUUGAUUUUUUAAACGAAACCUAUGACUUUUCAGAUUUUAAAGAUGUAAUACAAUUUCAAUCCCAGCUGAUAACGCUACUGACAAACAAACUUUACUGGAUAGAACCGGAGCCACAAAAAGAUCCAGAGUCAGUUACCGACGGUCCGGCUUUUUUAAAUGAAUACAAUGGAGGAAAGAUACAUAUUGCUGAUCACUUUGUAUGCCAACAAUCUUCAAUAAGAUUUCCUUUGAACAACUCAGACUACAUAUCCUAA